AUGGUUGAAGAUGUUGAGGACGUAUUCGCUGACUAUGCUUUACUUCACGGUAUUGUCGUUGAAAUCGAUUCCGAAUCGGAUGCUCCAUCGGCUGCUAGAGAUCAAAGAUUGUCUGCACUCGCAAAGACGAAACAUGAGGAUUUGAAGGAGACCUUUGAAGAGGAGUAUGACCAUUAUAAGGGAAAAAGGAAGCAUGAAGAUGAUUCCGCUGAAGGCGAUCUAUCAGAUUCCUCUACGGAGGACUCUGAGCCUCCGCCAGCGAAAGUCGUUGCCACUGAUUCGAAGCCAAUGUCAAAUGCGGAGAGAAUGAUGGCAAAGAUGGGUUACAAAGAAGGAAAAGGUUUAGGAAAGACAAAGCAAGGAGCUGUUGAACCGGUUGCUUUGUCUACUCAACGUGGUCGAGUUGGUCUUGGCCACAACAUUACCAAGACAGUCGGCCGUGACUUUUUGGAAACCUGGGAUGAGUCCAAAGAGGACAAGACCAUAGAAGAACAUGUGCGUUGGAUGCCAGAGUGCCCUGAAAGUACACGUGAUUGGGUUGUCGAUUAUCUUGAGGGCUCAGAAUGGAUUCAGAUCGGAGAA